AUGGCCAGUGCUGACUUCAGUCCCGAAGGCCGACCACCAGAGAGCAGCACUGCACAGUCGGGCAGCCUAGUUCCCGCUGACCUAUGCACCGCCACGGGCUACUUCACUGGAACACCAAUCGGUCCCUUGCUCACACAUUGCACUGCAACCCAGAGAAGAAAAUGUGACAUCAUCGACCAUCUCCCCGCCUUCAAUGAGAUCCUAUUUCACGCCAACUUGCAACUGCGAGAAAUGUAUGGACGAUGGGCUGAUCAGCUGUGCAUCUCGAGCCUGGAAGACGAACACCUCUUGUGGCCCAAAGCUGACGAAGCACAGCUGCGCCAAGCGAACGCUCUUCUGCGCUGGCUUUUCAAGACUCAUUCUUGCCUUCAGCAUGUCUGCGUUCUCUCUUACGAAGGGUCUGGUCGCGAGGCGCUCUACGACGGCCUUAAACGCAAUGCGUACAUCAGGACGCUGAAGAUGGAAUCCUUGUGCAUUGCUGACAGCGAGGACCUCUACGCUCAAUUAUGCUCCCUCGGGGGACUCGAAGAACUCGAAUUUGCGAAAUUGUCGUCGAGUAAAGAAAAAAAGAAGUCUGUGUUGUCGACGCUAUUGUCGUUCUGCCCUUCCCUGACAGUUCUCAGAAUUUCCCAAGUAUGUGCAGACGGCGAUAUCUCCGGCGCGCUGCUUACAGCGCUCAAAUCAAACUCGGUGCUGAAAGAGUUAUCAGUACACGGAUCUGUGAUAACUUCCGCAGAGCCAGAUGAUUUCGCGGAAUACCUAAUGUACAAUACCACGCUGAUCACACUGACCAUCACGGCGAGCACUGGCAACAGGCGAAAGAGUUUCAGAUGGUCGGCCGAAGGCCUUAUUCGGAACAAGACCAUCCAGAAUUUGAACUUCAAUUGCAUUUUCUUUAGCACUGUCACAGUACCCCUAGCUGCGCGCUUAUUUACGGAAAACAAAGUUCUACGCAGCUUCAAGAUGGUGUGCUCGACCACACUAGCAGUUGUACGAGGUAUUAACUGUGUCUGCUUGCUCGACGCACUCAAAAGCAACGAAGCGCUCGAAAGACUCCUCGUGCCUUUCUCGCUCCUGGAUCCGUCGCAGUGGGUGCACUUCUUCUGGACGAUGUCCAGGAAAGAGCGGCUGCAGAAGCUAACCGUUGACGUGCACAAAGGUGCUUGUCAGCAUUUACGAGGAAUGUGCCGUGCGCUCGAAGAAAGCGGGGCAGAGACGAAAGUUUCUCUUCGCACUCACAACGCUACCAGUGAUUUGGAUUUAAUCCAAUCAAAGGCGUUCUCAAAGGUCGAAUUGCAUUGCUCCCCCGAAGACGUGCAAUAUAUUUGCGGCCUGCUGCUGUCAUCAAAUCACGUGACGUCUGUACGCUUGCACGUCUGCACGGAUCACGACGAGCUUUGCUCGGUCGUCGCAUCGUACAUUCGUGCAGCGCCGCUACUUCGAAAACUCCAUCUCUCCUUGUAUACUGAUGACGAUGACGUGGACGAUGGCGCAACCAGAUCGUGGACGGCAAUCACCGAGUCGCUCUCUAGAAGCAGAAACAUAAUAGAGUUGCGAGUAGACGUGGACUAUGACAUGGGCGGCAAUAGCCUGGACGAUCACAAAAUACAACAGUUGGCUGACGUCUUUAGGUUGAGCAAGACUAUACGAAGAGCGUACUUUGAAGCCGACGACGACACAGUGACCGCGUCCUUCUUUCGGUUCCUCUCGGUUAACAUUGGGGACAACUACAUUCUCCUCAAGGUCAACACGAACACAGAAUGGACGUGUGAUGAAAGUACCGGCCAGUGCUUCUUUGCUGUCUGGGACACUGUGCGUCGAAACAGCGACAUUCUCACGCGUGCUGCUCAGUUCAUGCAAGGACGGCCUCUGGACAGGCGCCGCAUCUGUGCCUUGGAGAGGGUCCGGCGCCAUCCUCCUCUGCUUGAAGAACUCGCUAAACGGCUGUCCCUCAGCGUGGCCGAGGUCUCCACCAUGGCUCGACGCGGGAUUAGGAGCGUCGAAGGCCUGCACAGCUUCAUGCGGCACGUAGGCGUUGUCCGGAGAAGCGUCGUGUGCAACCGCCGCCAAGAUGGUCGCCCUCAACUGGACACCAUCGGCGAGGACUGCUGGAGCCUGAUUCGUCGCUACCUUACACUCGAAGACGUCAGGGUGGCCACUGCGCCCGCGCCUAUCAGUCAGCAGCCAAGCAACGAGCCGUAG